UGUUCCACUUGUAACGGUGUUGGACAUAAACCUUACGACCACUGUACAUACUGCCAUGGUUCGACGUACCAAUAUGGUGGUUAUCUGGGGAUUAAGUGUUAUAAGUGUAAAGGGACUGGUUAUGAACCAUGUCCAGGUUGUGGAGGAAGUGGUUAUAUCUCAGAUCCAGGUGAUAAUGCUUGCACAUUUCUCUAA